GGUAACUGACGUUUGUUGACAUCUAGCCUGUGUGCGCUCUGUUCAGCCACGAUGAGAAUCUCUAUCACUGCCGUUCUCCUCGUCCUGGUCGCCAUCGCGGCUGUUACAUCUGCUGCUCCAGUAUCAGGAGAGGAUGGUCACGGCGACCGCCACAUCCGCGCCACGUGUGACCUGCUGAGCGCCUUCGGCGUAGGGGACUCUGCCUGCGCCGCGCGCUGCAUCGGCAUGCGGAAAGGCUUCAGGGGCGGCUACUGCGAUAAGGGCGUCUGCCACUGCCGCAAAUAGUCCGUCGUCAUUUGAGCAACACUGCUGUCAUCGAGGACGUUACAUCAUUAAAUGUACAUAAUCGUCAUACAUGAGUGUUAUUAAAUACGUUUUUUCG